AUGGGAUUCACCAACUUGAUGUCCCGGAGGUUUCCAAGCUUCAGCUCCUUCUUGUUGCCGCCGCCACCAGUGUUAUACAGAAAGGUCGUGCCCAACAGUGGCAUCGACUCCCUCUCUGGCGCCAUGACGCGAGUUCUUCCCAUUGCCAAUCGCCAAUGCAAUAAGGAUUACACAUGGACGGGCGACAUCUACCAAUGCUCCACAGGUUGGCCGACUCCGGAACUGGUUCCCGAAUUUGAAGAUGACGAGAUGCUGAAGCGGGAGUGGAACUACUGGGAGGAGGACCACGCAACUCACGAUGCUGCUGAACCCCCUUUCCGUCCCUCGGCGCGAGCUGCUGGUGACGCUGGCCUCCCAGAGGCGGUGAAGCCCUGGGAUGAAAUCAAGGCAGUGAUGUUUGGAGAGGUGAAGCAUUCAGAACCCAUGGAUGAGACGUCGCACUUUCGCCAGAUGGUGGAGAGUUUGUUGGAUGAAUCCGGCCCAGAGGAUGGUGGCGAUAGUUGGAUCAGGAUGGGCUACACAACAGCUAUGCUGCGAAAUCUUCCAAACAAGUACAUGCGCGACAAGCUGGUGAGCCGCCUGAACAGCUGUGGCUACAAAGGUGAUAUCGACUUUCUCUACCUGCCCAUUGACUUCAGGAACAAGUGCAAUGUGGGCUAUUGUUUCUUGAACUUCCGGACCUCCAAGGCCUUAGCCAGAUUCAGAGAUGAGUUUCAUGGUCAGCAGAGUGGAGAGAAGCUGCCUGGCUUCAACAGCAAAAAGGUGCUGGAGGUGUCUCCUGCUCGAGUACAGGGGCUGCAUCCAAACAUCGUCCGGCUUCAGGGGAGUCCCAUCAUGGCCCGUGCUGACAAAGAGUGGCUGCCGAUUUUACUGGAUCCCACCGGCAAGAUCCUGGAUUUCCCCAUGGUGAUGCCACAGGCACCAGCUCGUGCCGCCAAGGGCGUUGUGCAGGCACCGCUGCCGAGCGCGGGACGCAGAAGACGUGGCGCGGCAGUUGAGGUGUCGACCCCCGAGAUGUUCCAGUGACGCGUUACUGCCGCGUUGCGUUGCGGUU